CUCUUUAGGAACCUUGGGGCAAAGUGCUGAGAGACUGCUAAGGCUUCCCUAGCUACCUCUGCUACUGCUUCAAACAAGAAUCUGCUUGUUUAGGCAAAAAUGAAUAACAAAAAAAAGCCCCCAGCCCUGAAGGGGAAGAUUGUGGAGAAAGCUAGCACAGCCAAGACAAACAAACCGGACGUUCCAGAUCCCAAGAAUGUUGCUACAGGGUCAAAAGACAGUAAGACCAUGGCGGACCCAAAGAAGCCUGGGACAGAGCAGAAAGAGAAAAAGACUGUGACUAUCAUUACAGAUCUUCAGGAAAAAAAGAGUGUGGCCGAGCCCAAAGAAAAGAAGACUGUGACGAUCUCAGAUCCCAAAGACAAGACGAAAGACAAGAGGAUGGUGACAUUUGUGACGGACCUAAAAGACAAGAGGAUUGUGACAGACACAAAAGAAAACAAGAUUAUGUCCAUAGAGACGAAAGAAAAGGUGGUUGUGCCCGUCGUGCCAGAAGUAAAAGAAAAGAAAAUUGCGCCGCCGGUAGAACCAAAAGAGAGCCCAAAGGUGGUUGCGCCAGUCGUGCCCGUUGUGCCAGUCGUGCCAGUUGUUGCCCCCGUUGUGCCCGUUGCUGUGCCCGUUGUGCCAGUUGUGCCAGUUGUGCCAGUUGUGCCAGUCGUGCCAGUUGUGCCCGUCGUGCCCACUGUGCCAGAAGUAAAAGAGAAGAUCUCGGUGCCAAGGGUGAAAGAGAAGAAGGAAGUGCCACCUGUGCGGGAGCUAAAGCGACUCAAAGCUGUGCACGUCGUACCAGAGACAAAAAAGAAGAAGGCUGUGCCCGAGAUCAAAGAGAAGGCGCCCGCGGUGGAAGUGAAAGAGAAGAAAGUUGUGCCCGAGGUCAAAGAGAAAAGGCUUGUGAUAGCAGAAAAAGUAGACGACGAGACAAGUGAGCUAGCUCGGACUAUAGCUGAGAGCGUUGUGGCUGCAGCAGUUGAAUUCGUGGAAGAAGCCAGAAACCCCAUCAAGAACAUCAAGUGGAUCUCUCAUGGGGAAUUCACAGUAGAAAAGGGUCGAAAGCAAAUUGAGGAGUUUAUUUCAGUUUCUCUAAAUCCAUCGAAAAAGACUGUGGGGUUUCAAAAUCGCUGGGUGUACUAUGCAGAUUUUAUUGAGAAGAAAGACUUAGUUCACUCCUUCCACUAUAUCUACCGUGUGUGCUGGAGUGCCCCCACUGCUGUAAGACCCUUGGCAAGAGUCAGUGCUUUCGCCUACUUUACCAUCAAGUUCAACAAGAGCAAACCUCCGGAUAUGCCUGUUGAAGUCUCUUAUGUCUUUGAGAAUUCAGGACUACUUCAAAGACCAGGAAGUAUUCGAUUUCGAGAACAAUGGCUGAGGGACAUCACUGAAACCAAACAAAUUUUGUUGGAGUCGAUCCCUUUUAAAGUUGUCUGAUUCUUGUGUCACAUUUGAGGACUCCUUUAACAAUCAAUACAUUAAAAAUAUGAAACAGCACAUCAAACCACGUAAUAUUUAUUGAAUAAUAAACUUGUAGUACACAA